AUGGCGAAAAGAACUUUGGGUUUGGGUAAGCAAAAUAAGAACCAAAAGAAGCAGAAAGUCAGCGACAAAUCAACUCCUGCUGGAAGUCCAACGCCCGAUGUGUCUCCAGCGAACCAGAUUAUUGUCGAGGUUGACGAGGACAAAGAUCCAGAAGAUGAACUUGUACAAUUGAAAGGUUUGUGGCGUACUUAUUUUGACUCUGAUCGUGACGACGAGUUAGUGCUUAAUGGUAUUGUACAUGAGUGUGACAGGCUGCUGCGUAGCAGCAAUGAAGAUGCGUCAUUGAAGCUGAACGACGAAUUUCACGCCUUGUAUGCACUUGCCUUGAGCGAAUUGACCAUUUUCAAGGCUGGAGAAGAGGAGGAAGAGUCCGCCGAACCCAAGAAUGUUGAAACUGUGACUCAGUUUUUUGACACCGCCCUGGAGAGAUGCAACUUGGGUCUUGCUGCAUUUGCCGACUCGUCGCUAUUAAAGUUGGUGGCCGCCAAAAUCCUAUUACAGCGGAUCCCUCUUGAAUACAUCUCUCAUCUCAAAGUCGCAGAUAAGAACGCAGAUGAAUUGAAGCUUGAUCUAAAGCUCAAAGAGGCAAAAUCCGACUUCUGUAUCUGCAGCAACCAUUUGGAACUUACAUUCGAAGUAUUGCAGCUUUUUGAUGAUUUACUAGACAUUGUUGAAAACUUUGGUCAUGAAGAUGAUAUCGACGAAGGCUUAGAUAGCGAUGCCGAGGAAGAACUCGAGAUGGUUAAACUUUCCCACAAACAUCCACUUUAUAAGAUCCAGAAGCAUCUAAAUGAUAACUACGCCUGGUUACGCGAGCAAUUCCAAUCCUUAUUUAAAGAGUUAAAAAAGCCCGAGGGUCAGGACGAAGAAGUGAUUUCCAAAACACCAGAAUUGAAGCUUUACCACCCGGUCGCCAGAAGACUGGGACAGCUUUACUUGAAGGCUGCUGAGCAUCCAUCACAAAUUUUUUUGACAUUGGCUUAUGAUAACGAAGAGGGUCAAAAGAAGAUCGAUAAUCUGACUGAGAAAGAAGCUCAAAAAGAGGCGUUAAGCUUAACUUCCAAAGCUGUCGAAUAUCUUGAAGAAGCUCGUGUUGAACACGAUCCCCAAACGUGGGCUGAUGUGGCCGAAGCUGUAAUUGAUUUGGGUAAUUUAUACGAUGCUGGAUCAAGUGAUCAAGAAAAGUGCUACAAAAAAGCUGAGAAGAUAUUAACGAAAGCUAAUAAGGCUACUCAUGGCAAAUAUGAAGACAUCUUAAAUAACCUUCUAGAUGGAGAAUAG